AUGAGAAACAAUGUUGUUACAACAGAACCUAAAUGCGAACGAAAUUGGACUUAUCCGCUGAUUACAUGUUCGGAUCCAUGCUUAUUGAUUAAGGCAGCAUUUUGUUUUUUUCUCAUCGAGCGAGAGAUUGAAGAUCGACUCAACUGGCCAAGGACUAAUAACUCGGAUCUCGGCGGCUUCUUCUGUCUUUAUUGUAUCAUGGGCCGAUCAAGAUUUCAGCGAGAAAAGAUAAAAGAAAAACUGGGGAUCAAUGGAACAUGUUGUACACAAAGUUGGAUCCUUUGCUGUUGCUUCCCGUGCGCCGUUGUUCAGCAUUACAGAGAAGUGCUCCUCGGCGAAAUCAAGCCAGAAGAGCACCUCGAGCAGCAAGGCUACAAUUAUGAAGAAUACGAAUAG